CCCACACACACACUUUCAGAAGCAGCAAAGUACACACACUGGAGAAAGAAAUCAUGAAAACCCAUCAUCAUCCUCAGCCCAAGCUCAAAACUCAACUAUUCUCCUGCGGCUUCUUUCGCCACUGCGCUCAAAGUGUCCUCAGCCCCACCGGCACCUCUCUCCCGCUCCCUCACACUCCUUCAACCCCACCGGCUCCUCCGCCGCCGCCUCCACCACCACCACCCCACCUUCAUUCAAAACCAGAAUGUGAAUCCUCCACCACAUCCUCCUCCUCUUCUUCCGCAACCUCUCAGAGCUUCACCCAAUGGAGGUUCUCUCUUCCCACCUCCACCCCUACUCCGCCUCACCCUCACACCCACCGAACCCGACCGUCUCCCCCGCCCAACCCCAUCCUCUGCCCAAACCUCCAAGAACUCUUCCACAUCUCCGAGCUCCAACUCAGCUCCGGUUCCGACUCCGAUCGCCUCUCCGCCCUCCACCUUCUUGAGCGUUCCCUAGUCCCUAACCCGCCCCAAGAUCAGCCUCCAUGCCCCCCGGAGUUGAUGCGUGGGGUCAUCUCCAAUUUGAGAAAUUCCACCGGGGCAAAACCGGCGACGAAGAUACUGUUCGCGCUUUGCUUGUCUGAAGGGAACCGGCGCAUCGCGGUGGAGGCUGGGGCGGUGGGUGCCGUGAUUGAGUCAGCCCUGGAGCUGGACGGGCCACCGGCGGAGAGGGCAUUGGCUGCGCUGGAGCUGAUGUGUACGGUGGCGGAGGGGCAAGAGGAGGCUAGAGCCCACGCGCUCUCGGUGCCCGUGAUGGUCACAAUGAUGGGCAAGAUGGGGGCACGUGGGAAGGAGUAUGCCAUUGGCGUUCUGGCUGUUAUUUACAGCGGCGUGGUGGGAGAUCAGCAGACGGCACCGCCGGAAGAGUUGGCGCGUGCGGUGGAGCUUGCACUACAAGGUGAAUGCAGCGCGAGGGGGAGGAGGAAGGCUGCCCAGCUGUUGAAGACACUGCAUGAUUACGGACAGCCUGAACACACUGAAGAAGAAAGAUAGACUCUUUAUCUGCGGCUUUAAUAUGGUCACCGGCGACUUCUCCGGCCAAUAUGGAGGGCGUUUAGAAAUUCAUUGGCAAUGCUUCAUACUAAGGGACCCUCUUGCUAAAAAUCAUUUUUGACCGCAGCUUAGGGUAUAUUACAAUCUAUCGAGUGUGUUAGCCCCAACUUAAUUACCUUGUUUGCCUUCACUUUCCCUUGUGAAUGUGCUUUACUCUUCCUACUAUUGU